AUGACUUGUGUACGAGUAUCCGAAUUCACUGCCCAGCGCGCCGGUUUUCAAGUGCUCGUGGGUUCAUUUACCGCCCCGGAUGUCAAGAUCGGGGGCGGCGGGGAGAGGGGUGGUGAGGAUGUCAUUCUCCAGCUCGGCAGCUUGUCCAAGCCGCGGCACUUGGUGGUUCUCCACGGCUUGCCUGACUACCUAGUACCUGCUGCGCCAACAUGGCGGACCAGCAACACGACGCAGGCUACCGGCUUCUACCGCAUCUCGGACGACUACGACGCCAACGAGCAGUGGAUCGGCAGCUUCACCAAGAACGCGCAGGUCACCAUGGACGCCGUAAGGGCAGACAGCGAGCAGAGGCGACUCGGCCGCGGCGAGGUGAUGCUCUACGGCGACGUGACGCAGUGGCUCAAGAGCGCCGAGGCGGGCGCGGACCCGCUGGUGGUUCCGUGGGCGGCGCACAUGAUGGUGAGGAAGGAGGAUGGCGCGUGGAAGCUCGCCCAGUAUCGUGUCUGGCUGUAG